GUAGCCUACCGCAUGUUCCUCAAACUGUGAGCAAGCGUGACCAAACGUUACAGAACCCGUAAACCAGAAGUAUGUGGUGUGUCACUGAACAGUGUAGUUCAUUAGAUGGAAUUAGUAUUAACACGAUGACUGGCAAAUAUGCAGGAUAUGAGUACGUGUGUGGACCUGUUUUAGGUCAUGUUUAUCUCAGGGAGUUGUGGCGGCGCUACUUGAAAUGAACUCAUAGACCCAGCGAUUUCUUGGCUUUCAUCCGAUGCAUCAAUGACUCAAGGCGGUGUAGCCGCAGAAGCAUGCUCCUCUGUUGGAUGCUUGUGUGUCUGCUACGGAGGCAAACACAUGCCGUACUUUAAGAAGAACGCUGUUGUUUCUCAGACCCAGCUUUAUCAAUUUAUCAGCGAGAGCUUUCUGACAGUGAAAGGUGCUGCCCUCUUUCUCCCGAGAGGCAAUGGCUCCCCUUCAUCCUCCCGUGUGCCUCAUCAACGGAGCAAACAUGCAGGUGACCUCCAGCAACACCUGCAGAAUAUGUUCACGCUGCUGCGUCCAGAGGACAACAUUAAACUGGCGGUGCGGCUAGAGAGUUUCCACGCCCAGUGCACACGUUACAUGGUAGUGGUCUCUACCAAUGGCCGACAGGACACUGAGGAGAGUGUCGUGCUGGGCAUGGACUUCAGCCCCACCGAUGGCUCCUGUUCCAUUGGCAUGGUACUCCCACUUUGGAGUGACACACUGAUCCAUUUGGACGGGGAUGGAGGCUUCAGCGUGUCCACCGACAACAAAAUCCACGUGUUCAAGCCUGUCUCAGUCCAGGCCAUGUGGUCGGCUCUGCAGUCCCUCCAUAAGGCCUGUGAGGUGGCCCGAGGCCACAACUACUUCCCUGGCAGCCUCUUCCUGACGUGGGUCAGCUACUACCAGAGCCGCGUUGCGUCGGACCAGGCUCGUAUCAACGAGUGGAACGCCAUGCAGGACGUGCAGUCCACUCGACCCGACUCUCCUUUGCUCUUCUCUGACGUGCCAACGGAACGGGAGCGAACAGAACGACUUAUCAAGACCCGCUUACGGGAGAUCAUGAUGCAGAAAGACCUGGAGAACGUCACAUCUAAAGAGAUCCGUACAGAGCUGGAGAUGCAGAUGACGUGUAACCUGCGGGAGUUUAAGGAAUACAUCGACAAUGAGAUGAUCGUCAUCCUGGGCCAGAUGGACAGCCCCACCGCGAUCUUUGACCACGUCUUCCUGGGUUCUGAGUGGAACGCCUCCAAUCUAGAAGAAUUGCAGAAUAGCGGUGUGCAGUACAUCCUCAAUGUGACCAGAGAGAUCGACAACUUCUUCCCGGGCCUGUUUGAGUACCACAACAUCCGUGUGUACGAUGAGGAGGCCACUGACCUGUUGGCUUACUGGAAUGACACCUACAAAUUCAUAUCCAGGGCCAAGAAAAACGGCGCCAAGUGUUUGGUGCACUGUAAGAUGGGCGUGAGUCGCUCGGCAGCGACGGUCAUCGCCUACGCCAUGAAGGAGUAUGGCUGGGACCUGGAGCGGGCCUUCGACUACGUGAAAGAGCGGCGCACCGUCACCAAGCCCAACCCCUCCUUCAUGAGGCAACUGGAGGAGUACCAGGGAAUCCUGCUGGCCAGUGAGGAGGUGGAACUGAAGAGGGCUGAGGUGGAGACUGCACCAGCAGAGGACCAGCCUACUGGCACCCCCUCCACCUCUGGCGAUUGUCUUAAGGGGACCGUCCGGCGGGCCACCAGGGAGCUGGAGCAGAGACUCAGGCAGGAGCUGGAAGUUCCCGUGGCCCCAGUGCCCGCCGCGGCCCCUCACAGUCCCCCGCGACGCUCCCCCGUCCCCAAGGACAAAGCGGAGGACAACCCUCCCGGCCAGGACUCUGAGCAGAAGCCGGUCACGGCCCAACCGAUCCUUCCACAGACGCCAGACGCUAUGGAGAAGCUGGACGGAGGGAUGAUGGAGGGGAACGUGAAGAAAGACGACGGGAAGACUGCAGGGGUUCCACAAGGAGCUCAGGAACUGGACAGUGGGGGCACAAAAGAAGCGAGCACAAUAUCUUCAUCAGCACCAGACCAUCAUACUGAGGAAAGGCCGGACGGCACCAGCACCACUCCAAGCACUGACGGCCUCUCCACAAAGCCUGAUCACACUUCCGCCUCCGCCGUCUCAGUCAUUCGCCUGGAGGGCGUCACCGAGCAGGACUCGGGCACCGACAAGGAUGGCCUCUUCGGCCCGCGCACUGAGGCGGACCUGCUGGAGGCAUGGGAGACGCUCAAGGAGCUGGGAGCCUUCCUGAGGCAGGUGCGCAGUGCGCUGGCGUCCGACCUGGGCCCGUCAUCGUGGCUUCCCGGCCGGAGAGGCAAACGAGACCCACGGGAGCGAUCCAGACAGGCAGGGGCACGCAUCCGACAGGCGGGGCUCACCACGCCCUCGCUGAUGAAGCGUUCGGCCUCUCUGGCCAAGCUGGGCUCCCUGGAACUGACCGCCAACGACCUCGGCGACUGGGACCUGGACGCUGCUGGCCUGUCGCCUGCUCACUGGCGCCUCGGCACGGCACCCACAGAUGAUGCCUCCAAGAAGAAGCGCGUACGCCCGCAGCACGAUCCUUCAUCCAACCCUCCCCCCUCCUCCUCCUCGCCCUCCAGCCAUCCCCAGACACACACAGAAGACCCUCUGAGGAAGGAAGAGGCUCGUCACCAUGAUGAUGCCACCGUGCCACUGUCUGACACUGCCCCUCAUCCGUCAGCUCACGGGCGGAGUGACAUGCCACAGAACUCAGGGCUCACGCCCCAGUCGGUUCCGGACUUGAUUUCUGUGGCGACGAGGCAGCAGUAUGGAAGGACACACCCUCUGCGUAGGCUGAAGAAAAGAACUGUCAGCUUUUUGUAUCACACAGUGUGACCUUUUUUUUGCUGUUAGUGUGUGUGAGUGUGUUUCUGUGUUGGUGAUAUGUGGGUUUAUUCAGGGCUGUAUCUGAGGUAUGUAACUACGACUGUAAUGUUGUUAAUUUUAUAUAUGUGUGUGUGAGAGAGUGUUUGGUUGUGGAGAGAGAGAGAGAGAGAGGGAGUGUGUACAGGUAUGUGAAAAUUUAGUUUGCUAGGGAUUGUGUAUAAAAAGCUUGGGCCAACUCAUAAUGCAAUAACUGCACAUAAGAACAAUUAUAAAUCUGUUAUAGGUUAUAUCAUACAAAACACAAAUUUCAAUUCAAUAACUGAUCCAUUUACCUUAAAAAAAAUACAAUUGCAUUAUGAACCUAGGAUAAAUAUUAUGAACAUGGGAACAGGUCACACACACACACACACACACACACACACAAUGAUGCAAUUCCCAUUAAAUGAUAUUUAAUACACACAGUACAAAGGCCUACAUCAAAUGGUUAGAUUAACAGUAAGAGAAUAAUACAUGAUGACAAUGUUCGUAAUGUCAUAAAAAUGUGUUCUAUGCACAAAACAAAAGAUUUAUUUGAAUACUUUAUGUCCAGUUAUCACAUUAUGGGUGCUUUGACGAUUUGGAGACAGAUAUAAGUUUGCAUAUAGAGGCAUGUGUUUAUGGUGUUAGGGUCUCUUGUCCUGUGUAAAAUUGAAUUGUAUUACUGUUGGCAAAAAAAAUACAUGUUUUCUUUUUAGUGUUUUUAACUGUGACAAUUUUUAAACCAAAUUAUAUUUAUUUUGACAAAGAAA